UGGUUCGCAAUUGGAUAUAUUGUUGCGCCGAUGACAAGUGCCAGCAAUUAGACUUUCACUGAUUGUUUCUUUUUUUUCAUUGUGUCUGCCGUCGUUGCCCGUUUCUGCCCCUUGCAGACAGCUGGAUUACAAGAGACAGCCCUUACAUCAUCCCCCUGCGUGUGAACUAAAGGGUCGCUUCGGAUAAAUAGAUUGAUAACAAUGGUGGAGCCGGUUGGAUUCAUCGAGGCGUGGAAAGCGCAGUUCCCCGAGUCUGAGCCCCCCAAAAUGGAGCUGCGGUCCGUGGGGGGCAUCGAGCAGGAGCUUGAGAAAUGCAAAGCCUCGAUCAGAAGGCUGGAGCAGGAGGUGAACAAGGAGCGCUUCCGUAUGAUCUACCUGCAGACCCUCCUGGCCAAGGAGAGGAAGAGCUACGACAGGCAGCGGUGGGGCUUCAGGAAGACUCCGCUGAACGAGGGGAUGGACCCGGCGGCCACCCAGCAGGGUGCAGACUGCCAGUCCCAGCAGCCACACAUGCAGGAGACCGGAGGGGGGGUUGGAUGCGGCGGCGGCGGCGGUGGUGGUGCGGGGGAGAGGAGCCGAUUCCAGCCCAUUGGGGAAGCUGGCAGAUCCAAGCCGAGGCCCCCUCCAGCCAGGAAGUCCGCCUCCCACGGAGACGGCCUUGAGCUCCAGUCGGCCUUUGAGGUGCCCCAGCAGGCCGAGUCGACGUCCUGCGACAACCUGGACGGCCUGUCUCCAUCUCCAUCCAAACAGAGAGGCGGCAUUUCCAUCUCACCGCGGAGGCCCAGCCAGCCGCCGCCAGACAAGGAUCUCCCGUCUGACCCCAAGGACAAGCUGGGCAUGGGGCUCGGCGUGGCGGCGCUCCGGUCCAACUUUGAGCGGAUCAAACGGGCCAACUCUCACUCGGCGGGCGACGUAGCGAAGGGCCAGGAGAAGCAGCAGCCGCCGCCGCCGCCUUUCUACACAAACAUGGAGUUCCACCAUGACAGGGGGCUGGUCCGGGUCAACGACCGCGACGUGUCCGACAAGAUCAGCUCCCUGGGCAGCCAGGCCAUGCAGAUGGAGCGAAAGAGAUCCCUCCACUCCCUCCCGGGUAACCUCGCCACGGUGGCCGGAGAGCUGCGCGCCAGGCCGGUCUACAGGGGUCGCUCUACUGAAAGCACCUGCGGUUAUGAUGCUGAGUAUGAGGAUGGAGAGCCGAACCCGCGGCACUCAGCCCGGGCCAACGGGGGCAAGCCGCCGCCUCCUCCCUGGCAGCCCUCCGACUUCCAGGCGUAUUCCAGUGUCUAUGUCGGUGGGGUGAUGAUGGGUGAAGGUGGCGGUGGGGAUGGAAGAGGAGGCAGCAGUGGAGGUGGAAGUGGCGGUGGAGGUGGCGGGGUCACGAUGAGAGAUCAGGGCGCAGGUGACGACCACCUCCUCACCUGGCCGCGCCGCUCCUACUCCCCGGGGAGCUUCGAGGACGUCGGCGGAGGCGGCGGCUACACGCCGGACUGCAGCUCCAACGAGAACCUGACCUCCAGCGAGGAGGACUUCUCCUCGGGCCAGUCCAGCCACGUCUCCCCCAGCCCCACCACGGCCUUCCGCCGGCCCUUCAGGGAGAAGAGCCGCUCCCCGUCGCAGAACUCCCAGAACUCGCAGCACUCCUUCGACAGCAGCAGCCCGCCGACGCCGCAGUCCCAGAAGCGCCACCACCGGCAGCAGGGCGGCCAUGUGGUCAUGUCCGAGGCCACCAUCGUCAGCGUCCGCAAGACCGGGCAGAUCUGGCCGCCAGCCUCCCACCACGACCCCAUGCCCCACGGAAGGGCCUCCCAUGACAACAGUUUCCAUGGAGACCACCUAGAUGGCCAUUUCACCGGGACGCCGCCCACGUACGGUUACGACGCGGACCGAGCGGAGGAGCAGCGGAGGCACCACGACAUCCUGCCCUACAUCGAUGACUCACCGUCCUCCUCGCCGCACCUCAGCUCCAAGAGCCGCAGCAGCCGGGACACCCUCUCCUCCGGGUCGCUGGAGUCCUCCAAGUCGACGGAGUGCGACCUGGAGAAGGGCUUGGAGAUGAGGAAGUGGGUUCUGUCCGGGAUCUUGGCCAGCGAGGAGACAUACCUCAGUCACCUGGAGGCCCUGCUGCUGCCCAUGAAGCCUCUGAAGGCGGCGGCCACGACCUCCCAGCCCGUGCUGACCGUGGCCCAGAUCGAGACCAUCUUCUUCAAAGUGCCUGAGCUCUACGAGAUGCACAAGGAGUUUUACGACGGCCUGCUGCCCCGCGUCCAGCAGUGGAGCCACCACCAGAGGGUCGGCGACCUCUUCCAGAAACAGGCCAGCCAGCUCGGUGUUUACCGGGCCUUCGUGGACAACUACGAGCUGGCUGUGGAGACGGCGGAGAAAUGCUGCCAGGCCAACACACAGUUCGCUGAAAUCUCUGAGAACCUGAAGGUGAGAAGCACCAAGGACUGCAAGGAUCAGUCUGCCAAGAACUCCCUGGAGACUUUGCUGUAUAAACCCGUGGACAGAGUGACACGCAGCACGCUGGUGCUUCAUGACCUGCUCAAACACACCCCGUCCAGCCACCCGGACCACCCGCUGCUGCAGGACGCCCUGCGGAUCUCCCAGAACUUCCUGUCCAGCAUCAACGAGGAAACGACGCCGCGACGCCAGUCCAUGACCGUCAAGAAGGGAGAGAACCGGCAGCUGCUGAAGGACAGUUUCAUGGUGGAGCUGGUGGAGGGAGCGAGGAAGCUGCGGCACGUCUUCCUCUUCACCGACCUGCUGCUCUGCGCCAAGCUCAAGAAACAGAUCGGAGGUAAAAGCCAGCAGUACGACAGUAAGUGGUACAUCCCGCUGUCGGAGCUGACCUUCCAGGGCCCCGAGGAGGCCGAGCCGCUCACCAUCCCUCAGGUCCCCGACGAGGAGCUGGAGGCCAUGAAGGUCAAGAUCUCCCACCUCCGCAGCGAGAUCCAGAGAGAGAAGAGAGCCAACAAGGGCUCCAAGGUCAUAGACCGCCUCAGGAAGAAGCUGUCGGAGCAGGAGUCGCUGCUGCUGCUCACCUCGCCCAGCAUGGCCCUCCGAGUGCACAACAGGAACGGCAAGAGUUACAUUUUCCUGAUUUCAUCUGACUACGAACGCGCCGAGUGGAAAGAGAUCAUCAAGGAACAGCAGAAGAAAUGUUUUAAAAGUUUCUCCUUGACGUCCAUGGAGCUGCAGAUGUUGACCAACUCCUGCGUCAAGCUGCAGACCGUGCACCACAUUCCCCUCACCAUCAAUAAAGAAGAGGACGAAUCCCCCGGACUCCACGGGUUCCUGAAUGUAAUCGUCCACUCUGCCUCCGGCCUCAAACAGAGCUUGAAUCUCUACUGCACAUUGGAGGUGGACUCGUUCGGCUUCUUCGUGAAUAAAGCCAAGACACGAGUGUAUCGCUACACCACCGAACCCAAGUGGAACGAGGAGUUUGAGAUUGAGCUGGAGGGCUCUCAGACCCUGAGGCUGCUGUGCUACGAGAAGAGCUACAACAAGACCAAGCAGAACAAAGAGGACGGGGAGAGCACAGACCGCAUCAUGGGGAAAGGACAGAUCCCGCUUGACCCUCAGACCCUCCAAGGCAAAGACUGGCAGAGAACAGUCAUUCCUAUGAAUGGGAUUGAGGUUAAGAUCUCCAUGAAGUUCACCAGCCGAGAGUUCAGCCUGAAGAGGAUGCCCUCGCGGAAACCCAUGGGUGUGUUUGGAGUCAAGAUCUCCACAGUGACCAAGCGGGAGCGCUCCAAGGUGCCCUACAUUGUCCGGCAGUGCCUAGAGGAGAUUGAAAGGAGGGGCAUGGAGGAGGUGGGCAUCUACCGGGUGUCAGGAGUGGCCACUGACAUCCAGGCCCUGAAGGCAGCUUUCGACACCAAUAACAAAGAUGUGUCAGUGAUGAUGAGUGAGAUGGACGUCAACGCCAUCGCUGGGACUUUGAAGCUGUACUUCAGGGAGCUGCCAGAGCCGCUCUUCACUGACGAGCUCUACCCCAACUUUGCAGGAGGCAUCACUCUGUCUGACAGUGUUGCCAAAGAGAGCUGCAUGUUGAACCUGCUGCUGUCGCUGCCAGAGCCGAACCUCGUCACCUUUCUUUUCCUUUUGGACCACCUGAAGAGGGUGGCGGAGAAGGAGAGCGUCAACAAGAUGUCUCUCCACAACCUGGCCACCGUGUUCGGGCCGACCCUGCUGAGGCCGGCAGAGAAGGACAGCAAGAUCCCCACCAACCCCACCCAGCCCAUCAGCAUGGGCGACAGCUGGUCCCUGGAGGUCAUGUCACAGGUUCAGGUGCUGCUGUACUUCCUCCAGCUGGAGACGAUCCCCACACCGGACAGCAAACGACAGAGCAUCCUCUUCUCCACUGAAGUAUAGAGGAGAAUUGGCCCCGCCCCCCCCAAGUUUUUGACUAUGAAGGAGCAAAGAAGAGAAGGACUUUGGCUCAAACUGAGCUUAUAAUAGUACGUUUUUGAAUUGAGUGACUGGUUGAGUUUGGUGCUCGCAGCAGCGAGGGGAUUGUCUCUGGAAAUACCUGACGGCCGCAACCACAAGAGGGCGCCGUUGGGCCUCUAAAGAACAGCUGCAACUCUCCAUAGCUUUUCAUAUCUCUCUCUCUCUCUCUCUGGUGAAUACUCAUCAAUACUGUGCAUCACACCUGAUAUUUAGUGUGAUUCUCUGUACCUCCGGUGAUGCAGUAUAUCCCAUCUACCCUUCUCCUCUUAGUUUUGUCUCUUCAUGCCUCUUUACCGUUGAACCUUUACAGCGUGUACACAGUCGUACUUAACACACCGAGAAACUGAAAAGCAAGCCGACUGUCAGAAUCAUUCCAUUAGAGAAAGAUAACGUGUCUCUGUUGAUUUCCUUUCGUACUGAUCUGUUAACAGGGAAGACCAUCCACGUUUUAUCAUUUUCUGUUGAGUUCAGAUGUGCUUGUUUCUUGUUUGUUUUUUUUAAAAGGACAUUAUGAUCCAUUUGUCUUUAUUUUGGACAAUCAUCAAGUCACCGCUCUUGCAAAGCUUUUCUUGUCGAUCCAUCCGAAACACUGACUGGCGUCCUGUGAUGGAAAAUUCUGACUGUGUCUUAAAUAAUCUCAGAUUUUUGUCUCUGAGAAGACGAGAGGACACUUCUGCCGAGACUUUUGUUUGUUUUUUUUUUCCUGUGAGUCGAGGAAAGCCACCGGAAACCAACACUUACAAGUUAAGUAAAGUGUUUACAACGUAAACAACCCCUGGACGGAGUCAGAGACAGAGGCUGUGACUUCAAGAAGUACUGUAAGAAAAAAACCAAGAACUGUCGAGAAACGAAGCCGAUAAUUAGUAGUACACUGCAAAUCUGACUGCCUGCGGUUUUCAGCCACAAAAGCAAAAUUUUUGUCUUGUUUGUGUUAUUUGUGUCUCAAGGUAGUCUUCAGCUUAAAUAUCCAGGAAGCAAUAUAUUUUCUAACAUAGAAGCUGUCUGUGUUCACAUCUUUGUUAAGGAAAUGUCCUUCUUAUUGUAACAUAGGACAUCUUGCCAAAAUAAUAUGUUGUUUGUUUGUUUGUUGGUUUGUUUCUAGGACAAAAGGAAAACUGUUGUAUUUGCAGAUGUAUGUACAUAAUCUUAAAGUUGUAUUUUUUUUUUUUUCCUUUUUGUUUAACAGUGUAAUCGUAAUUUAUUUUGGGGGUUGGGGGAAAAAAUCAAAAUUAGUAUUUGUUUUUUUGUUUUUUUAUGUCUACUUUUUUGGUUUGAUUGAGAAAGUGGUAUAGGUUUUAGCCUUGACUUCAAGUCUUGCAGUAAAUAAGCAGGAUUUAGCCUUGUUCUUAUAGAAACAACUCAGCUGUUCUGUCCAGCCUAUCGAUAUUCUUUUAAAUAUUAUGAAGGUAACACACACACACACAUACACACAAGCACACACACACACACACACAUUGUAGUUAAAUAUGCUGCUGUGUAAAAGGCACAAGCUCUUUAGCUGCUGGGUCAACCGUUGUUUCUCAGCAGUCCGUCUCACAACCUGGAGACCAUCGUCUAUCUAGUCUUGACAUUAUGCAAAGUCAUGAAUCAGCACACACACACACGCACACACACACACACACACACACACAUGACAUUCUUCUUUUUUUACCAUUUAAUCUGUGGCUGCAGAGAUGCACACAAGAAAUGUUAGAACUACUGUAUUACAAAUCAAGUGACCUGAGCACUCAUCUACGUCCAGUGAAGGCCAUAUCUAUUGAUUUUAAUGAAGAAAUAUUUGUUCAUUCUAUCGAGUGUCGUCCUAUAUAUUUUGUUUCUCUAACUACUGCAACCUGAUGUCACGCCAGAGUGUGUCAUAGAGCCGCUGGUCCACAGGAGGAGAGCGUGUCAGUGUCACGUUUUGCGUCGCCAAGGUGUCACAACGACACGCUGGAGCCUGAGCUGCCAGUUACCAGGUCAAGAUGAACAUGUUCUAACCUUAGCUAAACUACCUGGUUAAGGUGAGGGUUAGGUUAAGGGUAGGGUUAGGUUCAGGUGAGGUUUAGGUUAA